AUGCGUUUGAAAAAAGACUGGCAAGCGUGGACAAAGUUGAUGGAUUCAAGCAAAGGAGUGUCAGGGAUAGGGUUUGACUGUGACACCGGUAUGUUUCAGGCACCUGAGGAGUGGUGGGACAAGAUGGAAUCGAUAAACAAGGAGUGUACCAAGUUUAGAAAAAAAACCUUAGAACAUCGUGAGUUGAUGGAGACCGUCAUCAUGGGGGCAUCAGCUACUGGAGUGCAGGACGUGGAUUCAGAUUUUUCACUGGAGCAUGUUCCGAUUGAAAAGGGAAAAAAGAGAAAGACGCCAUCAAGUAGUGUUUCAAAGUCCAAGAAGACAACAAGUGGAGCGUCAGUUAUUGCGGAAAGCAUGAACACUCUGACAAAUGUGGUGCGAACGAAGAAUCAGCAGGUUACGAUGAGGCACCUCAUAGGCAACGAAUCGUUGUUUACUAUUUCGGAGUGCAUGCAUCGCCUGACAGGUAUUAUAUCGCUGGUUGGUACGCCGUUAUUUCACUUCGCCUCGACACUUAUGGAUAAUGCCGAUUUGCGGGAGGUGAUGAUGUGCCAGCCUGAUGACGACUCUAUCAUAGGGUGGCUUACCCAGAAGCAGCUCCAGUGUACUGCGUCGGCGCCUUUCACAAAUCUGUUCGGGGCUCGCCGGAUGUGA